GCUGCAGACGGAACCCCCCCCCCUCUUUUCGCGCGCACCGCGUAUCGUGUGCUUUUAUUGGCUGUGGAGAGGCUGGAGGGGGGGCUUCGGCCCUGCCCUGCUCUCCUUCGAGGCCGGUUUCUGCUUUAUGUGGGAAGCGGGAAGCCGGGGGCGGAUGACUCUGCCUUCCAUUCACAGGUGCUUUGAACUUAAUCAGGAAAAUGAACUGCUGCAUAAGAAGCUGAGGCACGUACGCCUAAAAAACAAGCAGUUGGAACAUGACUUGACACAGACGCAAGAGCAGCUGCGCGCCCAAAAUAAGUUCCUGCCUGUUUGUGUGGCAAAAAGAAAUGUGCAAGUUCAAACAGAAAUUCAUGUAUGGAGUAAAAGUGAUAGAGUUCGUUCCAGGCUACAUGAAGUAGCAAAGGAAAAUGCCAAAUUGCGUCAGAUGUACAAUAAUCUGCAGAGAAGGCAUAAUAACGAAAUGAAGAUACAUCAAGAACAAAAGGAAACAGUUUCACUGCUUUCCGUUAAAAUUAAUGAGCUAGAACAACAACUUCAGUUGGCAAGCCAAAAGAGAAAGGAGUUAGAAAGCAAAAAGGGUACACAAGGGGGCAAAACUGCUCCAGGUACUGCAGCACGGAGAAAGACAUUAUCUCACAAAUGUGUGUGCAAAAAGAAGGGGGGCUGUUCCUGCAGAUAUUUAGACCAGUUGCUUUUGGAGAUCCAGCAACUGAAGAAGGAAAAUGAAAAGCUAUCUAGAGAGAGAAGAAUGCUGAGAAAUGAACUUGCUGCAUUAGACAAGGAUUUUUUUGAUGAAAUAGAAGAUUUAAAAUAUGCUCUUCAAGAAUCAUUACACCUGAAUGAUCAGUAUGAGAAGUGCUUGAACCAACUAAGUUCAACAUAUGGAAUUACUUUUGCAUCGAUUUUGCCAAGUGGUAAUCACCACAGAGGUUUACAGAAAUGAAACACUCAUACAUGAUUACUGAUAGCAUUUAAUAUCUAGUACGAUUCAGAGUAAAGGUCUGUAUUUGUAAUAAAAUCAUGAUUUAAUCCAUUUUUAUUGUUUUGCAUAAUUUAUGCAGUACUUCUCUGCCCCUAUCAUCUCUAUUUUUAAUUGUAUCCUGUAACUUGUAUUCCUGUCAGUGGCUGUUUCAGUUGAAUACCUGCAGUGGAACGUUAAAAAAAAUAUAGUACUCUUUAU